AUUAUUUAUUUUUUAAAAUAUAAUCUCCAAGGACUGGGCUGUCUACCUUUUAUGGCCAUGGAUUUAUUCUAUUCCAUUAAUAAUGUUUAAUAAAUAAUUUAAAAAUGGUGUUCUAGACAAAAGGCUUCAAAUUGCAUAAUUUUUUAAAGACAGAAAAUAAAGUAAUUGGAAUAUAUAUUAAUUAAAGAGGAAAAUUUAAUUUUAUGUGACUAUAAAUACCAGUCCUACUUCUAUCAAAACACAUUGAAACUAAAGCAUUUAUAAAAAAAAGAACAAUAAAAACUACUUGAAAAGAAAAAGGAGAACAAAAGAUAAGAGGAGAUUACUCUGUUUUUCUUUGUUCCUCAAAUUUUGUCUUGUUGAUUUUCUCUCUGUUUCCAUGCUUCCAAUCGCCAAAUUUCUUUGCAGCACCGUCCAGUUUCCUGGAAGUGAUUCCACUGGAGAUGAUUGUUGCGGUUGGAUCGACGAAUUUGUUUACCAGUGACAUUGAUUUGAUUUUACCUGAUCGUCUUUGUAAAUUCUGUUGUUGUUGUUGUUGUUUUCACUGGAUUGAUUUUGUUGUUUCUGGAAAUGGAGUCUGUCAGUUUCUGCGACAUAAGAACGGAGAAGAUGAACGCGAUUCUUAAGUAUCGACAGCUCAGGAAAAUUGCUAACCUGUUUCGGUUCAUCGAGUUGUGUUUGAUUCUCGUCGUGAUCUCGAAAUUAUCUAUCCAUCUGCCGAGCGCCUUCAAGAAUUCUGGAGAGUACUUCCGGUGCUUGUCGAUGACUUUGAUUAGUCCUCGCUUCGUGUUUCUGAUCGGAAACGCGAUAGUCAUCACUCUGUUCGCUAAAUCGGGACAGUUCUCUGGUACGGAUCUGAGCAAGAAGAAUUCAGUUGCCGAUCUUUACGAGGAGUUCAUCCAAAACAGCGAGAAGAAUCAAAGAACUCGUCGCGCCGAGAUCAAGUACCGAAUCAAGCAGAUCGAUAGCGGCAGCGGCAACGUCCAAGGCGACGCCUCCAUCGAUUAUCGAAUCAAGCAGAUCGAUAGCGGAAGCGGAAGCGGAAACGUCCAUGGCGACGCCUCCAUCAAGUACCGAAUCAAGCAGAUCGAUAGCGGAAGCGGCAACGCCUCAAUCACGAUAAAGAAAAUCGGUAAUCCUGAAGAAAUCAAACAUUAUCGUAGGAGUCAGUCAGAGAAAAUAGCGGUGGUACAGCGAGAGAAUCCGCACAGCAAAUUGAGCCGAUCAGAAACAGAAAAAAGCAAGAAAAUCGUCCGAUUGAGUGAAGGAACAGAACAAAUCUCGUAUCCGGAAGAUGGAAUGAGCAACGAGGAGUUCCAGGAGAUGGUGGAGGCGUUCAUAGCGCGGCAGCAGAGGUUGAGAAGAGAGGAAGAAUUCUGUGGAUUUUAGAAAUCAAAGCUUUCACAUCUCGUUAAUCCUGCAAGUGAUUAGGGCAAACUGGUCGAAUUCUCAAGAAGAAACAGAGAACUUCGAAAAUGGUAAUGAGUUCCGUAUAUCCUUCUGUACAGCCUUUUUCCCUCCAUUUUAAUUUUGCCUUUUACAUAUUUGGAGAAGUGUUUGAAUGAAAGUAACUCAUUCCAAUUUCAUUACU